AGCCUAGACCUCAUGAAGUCCCCUGAUCACACACGAUAAACAAAGUCAGUAGAUCAAUGCAGCACAUGAAUGAAGCACUAUAAGCAAGCUAUGCUUCGUUCCGUCCAUUAAUGUUGCAAUCAAAUCGAAAGGCAGAGUGUCAAGCUUAAACCCUCCCACUGAUAGCUUAAAGCACAGAAACACUCCUCCUGUGAGUGUUUCCACUCCAUCAGCGCCAAAGCUCUCAGAUCUCUGACUCAAUGCAUGCAGGUCGACCAGAGCCUUGAAAGAAGAACCGAUGUCUACCCCAACGCCAAACCCCUCCAACCACACCAACUCCACCGUGUACCCCGGCGAGGGCAUGCGCGUGCUGCAGAUGGCGCUGACCGUGAUCAUCUUCAUCGUGGGCGUCUCUCUAAACGCUCUGGUGGUCUGGGCGCUGGGGCUUCGGGUCUGGUGGCGCAACAGAUGUGUGACCGGCGAAACGCAGAGCGCCGACAGCUUCCGCAUCUACGUGGUGAACCUGGCGCUGGCGGACCUGGUGCUGCUGUUACGGACGCCGCUGAUGCUACCCUACUUAGCGAAUGGCUUCACUUGGACGUUGGGGGAGUCUGUGUGCAAGCUGGUGAUUUAUUUGCGAUGCCUGGGGUUGUAUGCGAGCGCGUUCUUGCUGUGCGCCGUCGCGGUGGAGCGCUGCUUGUGUCUGCUCAGACCAGUCUGGGCUCGACUGAGACGCCCUCGUUGGGUCGUGCCACUGGCUUGCACCGCAAUAUGGGUGUUAGCGGCGUGUUUUGCGGUUCCCUACAUCCAAACAGCCAAAGUCAUUCUCUGGGAAAACCGAGAGGCUUGCAUUGAAAGCGAUUUGAAAGGAGGACAAGCCUUAAAUGUGUUGGAGACCGUCACGGGAUUCUUGCUACCUUUGGUGAUCUUCUUGGGUUGCAAUAUCGCCGUGAUAUUUUGCGCAAAUAAAGCUGAGAGCGCAAUGUCUUCCCCAACCUCGUCAUCUGGGCCGGGUUACACGAGCCACCGUCUGAGCCGUCUCUAUCGCGUGCUCUUCCUCACCAUGCUCCUCUUCCUCACCUGCUGGGUGCCGUACUUCACCUGCCGCUUUCUGAGGGCCCUUUCUAACGAACGCCCCGACUGGAAGAAGAUCAAAGAAGGAGCGAUCGGCGCGGCGUACGUGGCGCUGUUUCUGGUCUACAUAAAGAGCGCGCUCAACCCCGUCUUGUACGUGUUCGCGGCUCGCGGACUCGGCCGCACGGUUCGCGCCUCGCUGGUCUCGACGCUCGAGCACGUCUUCAACGAGGAGUCUUUGCGAAAAAAGUCUUUGCGGAGGAGGGACUCUGAGUUUUAGGAUCUGCUUGUUUGACGGAUGAUGAACACUGACUACGAGCAGGAAACAUGCACAGCAUCUCAAGAGAUUGACUGAUAUGAUUGUUUUAGUCUCGGAUUUGAUUGUGAUGCAAUGCAUUUAAGGAACUUAACAGCAAAUGCAAGGCUUUCCUUCCUGUGACUAAAGGCUGGUCAUUUCAAAGCAUAAAGAAUGUUCUGUUAUAUUAUGCAGUAGAAAUGUGCCCUACACUCUCAGGGAAAAUAGGUACAAACGCUGUCACUGUGGCGGUGCACUUUAGUACCUUUUAGAUACUGAUAUGUACACUUUAAGUACUAAUUUGGUACCAAUAUGGACUUUUUAGGUGCACCUUCUGAACAGGUACCGCUCCCCCAGUCACAGCUUUUGUACCUUUUUUCCCCUGAGAGUGUACACAGAAAUUUUUCACCCAGAUUAUAAACAAAACAAUCUCUUGGAUUUAAUUGUGAUGCAUUGUAUUUAAGGAACGUAACGGCAAACGCAAGGCUUUCCUUCCUUUGACUAAAGGCUGGUCAUUUCAGGCUUAAAUUAAGCAUUAAUAAUGUUCUCUUAUAUUAUGCAAAACAAAUGUGCCCUAAGACAAAAAAAAAAAAAAGGUACAAAAGCUGUCACUGUGCCAGCACCUUUUCAAAAGGUGAACUUUGUACCUUUUUGUGUCAUGUUUGGUCGUUUUGUUACAAGUGUGAACGCGUCCUUAGAUACUACUUUGUACAUCGCAGGCACUGAUUUGGUACAAAUAUGGACUUUUUAAGUACUUUCUGAUGGGGUACCGCUCCCCCAGUGACAGCUUUUGUACCUUUUUUUCUGAAAGUGUACAUAGAAACAUUUAAAACAAGUGCCAUUAUGUUACUAAUAUGUUUGCUUUAAUAUUGGAUUUAAUUGUAUUGCAUUAUAGCACUUGCAUUUUAGGAACUUAAGAGCAAAUGAAAGUCUUUCCUUCUAGAAGCUGGUCAUUUAAGGGUUAAAUUAAGCAUAACUACUAUUAUGCAGUAGAGAUGUCCCCUACAUAGAAAGUUUUCACCCAGAUUAUUAGCAAGACAUUUAAAACAAAAGUUCAGACAUCAAACCAAACAUGACACGUCUUAAUCUUACAGAUUAAGAUGAAUUUGAUGAUCAAAUUACCAGACAGCAGCGAAAUCAGUGAAAUCUGAAUCCCAGCGCUUGAUAUUGCAGCAUUAAUGCAUGACAAAUAUGUUAUUUUCUGUGUCUAGAUCUCAAUGCAAACUUGUGGUUUUCAAAUAAACAAGCAGUUGCUUUGUUUUUCA